AUGAAUCUAUAUGAUUCAUGUUUCUUGAUUUAUAGCAAAUCUAUAGCAUAUUUGGAGCUGCACCAUCUAUUUUACCAUUUAAAUGCUAUCUAUCUAUCUAUCUAUCUAUCUAUCUAUCUACACACACACAUCAAUUUAUUAAUAUCUAGAUAUUUUAAUAUAAAUAUAUAUGAUUUGUGUAUAAAUGCUCACUCUUUAUUCUCUUUUUACUUCCUUUCCUUUUACUACUGCUUUUCUCCUAUUCCCACACCUCUCAAUUUCUCCUCCUUCUUGCAACCUACUGCUUCUUUUGUCAUUUAUUGCCUUUUUCUUUGUUUUUUGCCUGCAUAUCUACCUCUUUUAUUUUUAUCACAUUCUCUCUACAUUUCUUCUCUUUCUUUCUCAUAUUCACUUCAUUUUGGUCUCAUUUUCACAUGCUUAUUUCUUUUUACUCUCACUUUCUCCCCUCUCUCCCUUUUUCAUACUGAUAUAAAUUUACUCUCUCUUUCUCCUCUCUCUCUUAUACUGAUUUCAUUAUGUUCUCACUUCUUCCUGUCUCUCUCAUAUUCAUUUCUUUUUACUCUCACUUUCUCCCCUCUCUCUCUUUCUCAUACUGGCAUAAAUUUUGCUCUCACUUUCUCCUCUCUCUAUUGCCAUUUUUAUCCCACUUUCUCACCUCUCUUUCUCUUUUUCUUUAUCAACAUUGCUUUCUUUUUACUCCCAAUUUCUCCUCUCUUUUCCCUACAUCCUUCUUGCCUCUUUCUUUUGUUUUCUUUUGUUUGCUUUUUUAAUGUUUGUCUCCCCCUUUUUUACUUUCUCUCCCUUUUCAGUUUUGUCUUUUUUGCCUCUUAUUUCUCUUUUAUUUCCACUUUUUUCCUUAAUGUCUCAAUUAGUCUUUUUUUGCUUUUAUUUUCUUUUCUCUUUCAACAGUUUUUUUUUAUUCUGUCUUUUGUCUUUUCUCUUCUCAAUAUCCAUUUUUCUUUUCAUGUUUUUAUCUUCCCUCCACUCUCACUAGCUUUGCCCCCAUUUUUUUUUCUUCCUUCCUUCCUCUCAAUUGUUUUUCUCUAUUUCAUCUCAACUUUUCCAAUUGGUUUUCAAUACAAUCACAUUUGCCAACAGUAA